AUGGAAACAAAAACAGAGCAACUUCAUCAUCUUUUACCUACCAAAGAAAAAACAUGUUCCUUUUCAACCAUCAUCAUGGAAGAAACAAAAUCUCUUAUGACUUUAGCAUUCCCAAUCGCCCUAACAGCUCUCAUUUUCUACUCCCGUUCCAUGAUAUCCAUGAUGUUCCUCGGUUACCUCGGACAACUCGAACUCGCCGCCGGUUCACUCGCCAUCGCCUUCGCCAACAUCACUGGCUACUCCGUCCUCUCCGGUCUCUCCCUCGGCAUGGAGCCUCUCUGUUCCCAAGCCUUCGGAGCAAACAAUCCUAAACUCCUUUCCUUAACCCUCCAACGUUGUAUCCUUUUCCUCGUACUAUGUUCCUUACCCAUUUCACUUCUCUGGAUUAACAUGUCGCAAAUCCUCGUUUCGUUACACCAGCAACCCAACAUCACAACCAUGGCUCAAACCUAUCUUAUCUUCUCUCUCCCUGAUCUCAUCACAAACUCAUUCAUCCACCCUAUACGUAUCUACCUUCGUGCACAGGGAAUCACUCACCCUGUCACCAUAGCUUCACUCGCCGGAACUCUCCUCCAUAUCCCUCUAACUUACUUCCUCUUCCUUCGCUUCGGCUUCGCCGGAGUCCCAGCUGCUUCCGCAGCAUCAAACCUCUUCAUCUUACUCUUCCUCGUCGUUUACAUUCGGUUAACCGGCUUACACCGCGUCACAUGGAUAGCCCCAAGCCGAGAGAUUUUCACUGGCUGGAAGCCGUUGCUUCAUUUCGCGGCUCCAAGCUGCGUUUCCGUUUGUUUAGAAUGGUGGUGGUAUGAAGUAAUGAUUGUUUUAUGCGGUUUACUUGUGGACCCCACUGUAACCGUCGCAUCCAUGGGGAUUCUCAUACAAACAACUUCGUUCAUUUACGUCUUUCCAUCUUCUCUUGGAUUUGCUGUUUCCGCGCGUGUUGGAAACGAGCUUGGAGCUAACCGUCCUUCUCGAGCGAAACUAUCAUCUAUCGUAGCACUUUUCGUCGCUGUGAUAAUAGGUUUCUCAGCGACGGUUUUUGCCGCGACAACGAGGUUUUGCUGGGGGAGAAUUUUUACUUCGGAUGAAAAUAUUCUAAAGUUGACAUCAUUGGCGCUGCCGAUUCUCGGACUAUGUGAGCUUGGUAACUGUCCUCAGACGGUGGGUUGCGGUGUAAUUAGGGGGACAGCGCGGCCGUGUGUGGCGGCGAAUGUGAAUCUUGGUGCAUUUUACAUGGUGGGGAUGCCGGUGGCGGUUGUGUUAGCGUUUUGGUUGGAUGUUGGGUUUCGUGGGCUUUGGUUGGGCCUACUUGCGGCCCAAGUUUGUUGUGCGGGGUUGAUGUUGUAUGUGAUUGGGGUCACCGAUUGGGAAUUUGAAGCUGUGAGGGCCCACAUGCUUACUUCUGUUGAUUGUGUGGAGAUUGGAAAGGAUAAAGAUGAUGGAGUGAUGUACGGCCAGAAACCGUUGUUGACUGAUAUUGUUACUCAGACUUGA